AUGGAAAGUGAAGCCACAGUUACACCUUGUUCGUCGAAAAAACCCAUUUUUGCCUAUGUCAGCUCAUGGGCAGCGCAUCGUUCGGGACGAGGAAAGUUCAGCAUCAGUGACAUCGAUCCAAAGCUUUGCGAUUAUCUGUUGUACGCCUUUUUCGGUAUCAGUGAGAAAGUGGCCGUCGCUGCAAGCGAAUCACGAGCGUCGGAUUCGUACGAUAUUAACUGUAUCGCACGUCAUGUAGAUUACAUCCUCCUUAUGACGUACGAUUACAACGGCUCGUGGGACAGUCACACUGGUCACAAUGCUCCAUUGUAUGCCGGACUCACGGAUACGACUGACGAUCAACAAAAGCUGAACAUCGACCAUAGCGUGCAGCACUGGCUUCAAGAAGGUGCUCCAUCUCAUAAGCUGAUACUAGGUGUUCCGGCGUACGGGAGAUCCUUCCGACUUACCAAUGCACUUGGCUAUGGGGUGCGGGCUCCAUCGGACGAGGCAGGAGAUGCGGGACCGUACACCAAAGAAGCCGGUUUCCUUGCGUACUACGAAGUGCUUGAUAACUUGCAAAACGGUUGGAUCAAAGUCAAGGAUGAUAAGCAGAAGGUACCGUAUGCAUAUUCUGAUCGCCAGUGGAUGAGUUAUGAUGACAAUGAGAGUAUUGCUAACAAGUGCAAGUAUGUAGGUGAACAUGAGCUAGGAGGGGUAAUGAUGUGGUCAAUCGAUAUGGAUGAUUUCCGCGGUUCCUUGGGGUGUAAAUAUCCACUGUUGCUGACGGUUAAUCAAUGUAUGCAGUUGUUGGAGAAGGCUUCUCGAUUGUAG